CUCACGUGACCACGCUUCACUACAUCAGUCUCCCGGUUUACUUUCACUUACUGCGUUACAGCAACAGACCUUUACUUCACAGAACGAGCAUCGCCUGAAAAUGAAGCGCGUUUUUAUUCUUCUCCUUUCGCUUUUGCGUGUCUGUGGCCUGGAUAUAGCACUAGUGUCAGUCAUGGAGGGAGAUUCAGUCACUCUAUACACUGAUGUGGAAACCAUCCAACAAGAAGAGAUUAGAUGGUAUUUUAAUGCUAUUCCAGUUGCUGACAUCGCUGGAGAUCAGAGUAAGAACUGUACAGAUGUUCAGUGUAGUGCAGAGACAUCCAACAGAAUGAAGAUAAAUCAUCAGACUGGAUCUCUGACCAUCACAAACAUCAGAACCUCAGACUCUGGACUCUACAAACUACAGAUCAGCAGUGACAGUCUUCAACUCUUCAGUGUUUCUGUCAAUUAUGCUCCUGAACAAGAUAAACUGAAGACAAAGUCAGUGAAGGCGGGAGAAUCUGUCAUUUUAGAUUCUGGUGUAGUGAAAACAACCAAUUAUCUGAUGAAAUGGAUUUUUAAUGACGUUCGCAUCGCUGAAAUGAAUGGAGAUCUUAGUUUCAUUUGUACAGAUGUUCAGUGUUUAUAUGCUGAUGAGAGAUUCAGAAACAGACUGAAGUUGAAUCAUAGGACUGGAUCUCUGACCAUCUUGAACACCAGAAACACAGACUCUGGACUCUAUUAUCUACUCAUAACCACCAUCAGAUACACCGUCUUAAAGAGCUUUUGGGUUAAUGUUACUGGUAAUGUUGAGAGCAUUGCAGAGAGCUUGUCAGUAAUGGAGGGAGAUUCAGUCACUCUACACACUGGUGUUGAAACAAACCAACAAGACGAGAUUAGAUGGUAUUUUGAUGACAUUCGCAUCGCACAAACCACUGGAGAUCUCGGUUUUAUGUGUACAGAUGUUCAGUGUAAAUAUAGUGAUGAGCGAUUUAGAGACAGACUGAAGCUGGAUCAUAAGACUGGAUCUCUGAUCAUCAUGAACACCAGAACCACAGACUCUGGACUUUAUCAUAAUCAAGUCAUCUACGGCAGCAGCAUCAGUCACGAGAUGUUCAGUGUUACUGUCUUUGGCGUUUCUGCUGCUGAACGAGAUGAAAUGAAGAUAAAGUCAGUGAAGGAGGGAGAAUCUGUCACUUUAGACACCGGAAUGAUACAAAACCCAAAUGAUUUAUUGACAUGGUAUUUUAAUGAUACUCAAAUCACUGGAGAUCAGAGUCAGAUCUGUACAGAUGAUGAGUGUAAAGAGAGAUUCAGAGACAGACUGGAGCUGGAUCAUCAGACUGGAUCUCUGACCAUCAUGAACAUCAAGACUACAGACUCUGGAUUCUAUAAACUACAGAUCAGCAACAGCAGAACUAGCAUCAAAAAGAUCUUCACCAUCACUGUCCCAAUGGUUUCAGGUUCUGGUCUGUCUUCCGCCGCUGUAGCAGGAAUAAUAUGUUUAGUUGUCGUUCUGCUGCUCGUUGUUGCUGGAGUGAUGUACUAUCGCAAGCGUCAAGCGGGACGAAAUGAUUACGUUACGGACAUGGUGAUACAGUUCGGUAGACAGAUGGAUAAAGACAACGUCUGUGACUACUGCCAAUGAAUCCAACUGAAACCGAGGCUGCGGACGAGACGUCACAGUAACUUCGUGUUUUAUGGUGAUUCUUUCAUUGAAAGGGAACAUAAAGAAAAUCUGGGAAAUUAAAAGUGUCAAGAUACCAAGAUUUCAGUAUUUGGUACUAGUAAAACUUAGUCCCAAUUUCAACUAAUUUAAAUUAAAAAUUAAAUAAAAUAAAAUUUGAACAUAAGAACUUAAGUCAUUUAAAUAAUAAAGAGUUCAGAAUCAAACAUUUUUCUUUAAAAUGAGCAUUUCUUUCUUUCUGGCUACUUAGGUUUCUAUGUAAGUGAUGUUUCUUCUCAGUGGCUUGAGGCUGGCGUUUAGCGCAUUUGAAGUUCUCGAUAAACAUAUACUGUGUGUGGAGUCUCGUUUUUGACCAAAAUGGCUUUUAGAGGCUUUUGCAUCUGAACUCUUCAAAUACAAUUAUUUAUUAAAUUUUUUUUUUAAGUCAUGUAGCUUAGCUUCAGAUGAGACAAACAGUAAACUGGCAGCUACUGUAAAUGAGUUUGACAAAGCGUGACCAGAAAGAUUAGUAGUAGUAGUUUUAAGAAGAGUUAGAAUGUUUUUAAAAUGCUUUCUUGAGCCAACAAAAUAAAGUAAAAAACAGAAAAAAAAAACAUAUCCAAUAGAACAAAAAGAGCUUGAGGUUUUUAAAGAUGCUAAUGUUUACAGUAAUUUACAGUUUUUUUGUAUUAGGAGCUUUACAGAGUGUACAGGUGUUUUAAACGGGAAUCGAGUUAGGUUUUACAAUUUUUUUAUGGUGUUGUAAAUUUGCCGUUAAAGCUUCAAAUCCAGCAAAUGUUGACUCAUGAAAAAUCAACAUUCAGAAUCAGAGAUUCAGAUUAACCUCUGAAUCUCAGGAACCUGUAAUAACUGCACUGAAAGACACUGUGAAGAGAAGCAGCAACACAAUUCUGAAUGUGUUUUAUAUGUAUUUUAUAUGUUACUGAAUGCUGUUUACUGGAUGCUUUCCAUACUGUUAUUAAGCAGGCGGGUGUUUAAAUGAAACACGUUUAAAUGAAUAAUUCACAUGAAAAUGGGAAACAAAAUGUUAUGACUCUGAGAUUGUUUCUUGGUCAGAACAAAUGAUCCCCGAUGAAUUGAAACAAAAAAACUGCAUGCGGCAGCCAUAGAAAGACAUGACAAUAAACUCAGGAAAGCUUUGUACACAAUGCACAAUGGACUAGCGGUGAUUCUGGGGAAAUCACUGAGAUAGCUUCGAGCCAAACUCCAUAUUCCAUAAUAACGCAUAAUAACCUCCAGUGUAAUGUGAUCUGACGAAGAAGCAAUCUCAUCUAGAUCUAGCAUUUUCAGCAAACUUUUAUUUUUGGGUGAACCUUUCCUUUUACAUGUUUAAUGGUGAAACAACAAAUGCAAUGAGUUUGCUUCCAUCUUUGAAAAGGUCAGUAAUGUCAGAAAGGCGAUUGAGAAACGAUCUAGUGCAGAAUUCACACAGAAUCGACUGAAAUCUCUGUUUAGAAGCAGAUCUCCUGGAAGUGGUGAACGCCUCACUUCUUUCUGGGACUUUUCCAAACUUCCUGAAAACUACAGUUGUCUUGAUAACACCACAAUGAGCAACUAUAGACCAAUAUCAAAUCCUUUCUUUCAUAGGUAAGCUCGUUGGAAAGAUAGUUUAAAAUCAGUUGAAUAUAGAUUUUUAUUUAAUUGUAUUCUUUUUGUUUCUUGUUUGUGAUGAUUGUUUUGUUAAGCUCUUUGAAUUACCAGUGGAUAUGAAAUGUACCAUAAGUAAACUUGCAUGAAAAGACCACCCUUGUUUAAAAGCUUUUAUUAAGAAUGCAUUUUAUUCAUUAAAGAAUUUAAAGAAAAAUCA